AUGUCCGGGCGCCGCGGCCGGCAGCCCGGGCCCCGCCUGUCCUGGCUACUGUGCUGCAGCGCCCUGCUGUCCCGGGCCGCGGGCUACGUGCUCGUGAGCUCCGUGUCCUGGGCCGUCACCAACGAGGUGGACGAGGAGCUAGACAGCGCCUCCACCGAGGAGGCGCUGCCCGCGCUGCUGGAAGACUCGGGCAGCAUCUGGCAGCGGAGCUUCCCGGCCUCGGCGCACAAGGAGGACGGUCACCUGCCGCCCCCGGAGGGCACCGCCCGCGCCAGGCCAUCCCCCGCGCCGCCCGGGAUGUUCUCCUACCGGCGCGAGGGCGGCGCGAGGCUGCGCCCGGGCACCGCCCGCUUCCUGGCCCACGCCAGCGCCUGGGGCUGUCUGGCCACCGUGUCCGCCCACGAGAAGAUCCCAGGACUGCCAUUUGGGAACUGCCUGCCGGUCAGUGACGGCCCCUUCAACAACAGCACGGGGGUUCCUUUCUUCUAUGUGACACCCAAGGACCUCCUGGUGGCUGAUCUGAUGAAGAACCCCACGGCCUCCCUCCUGCUGCCGGAAUCUGAAGGAGAGUUCUGCAGAAAAAAUAUCGUCGACCCAGAAGAUCCCCGCUGUGCCCGGUUAACACUCACUGGCCAGAUGGUCGCAGUGUCUCCAGAAGAAGUGGAAUUUGCCAAGCAAGCCAUGUUUUCAAGACACCCAGUUAUGAGGAAGUGGCCUCGUCAGUAUGAAUGGUUCUUUAUGAAGAUGAAGAUAGAACAUAUCUGGCUUCAGAAAUGGUAUGGAGGAGUAGCUGACAUUUCCAGGGAGGAAUAUUUCAAAGCAGUUCCAAGAAAGGCCUGAUGGAAU